AGACCAUCCCACUUCACACUCCGGAAGCUCGGCCGCCUCCUCUCCUGUAUGCUCGCCGCCGGCGAUGCCCAGCCCGCUGAAGCGCCCCUCCCUCGGCCGCCUGCUCGCCGCCCUCCGGUCGCCGCCCCGCGUCCCGGUCCAGACCGGCUUCCCCACCGCCCUUGCCGACCUCGUCGUCAAGAACCAUGCCCGCCUCAGGAAGCCCCGCAAGCCGCGCCGCCCCACCACCGCCCUGGCGCUGCCUCAGUCUCCGGCGGAGACACCGGUGGACGUAGCGGAGAUUCCUUCGCUGCCGUCAUCGCCCGGGCCUCUGUCGCCGGUGGUCGUGGAGGGCUCCUCGGCCCCGGUGGCGCGGCGGCUGGACGCGCCCAAAGGCGCCGCCUUCUUCCGGCCCCGCCCGGAGCUCCUCGCGCUCGGCGGGGCCGUGGCGCUCGCGCUCCUCGCCGUGUUGAGCGAGGGGGCCGUCGCGGCCUUCACCAUCGCCUCGCUGGCGCUGCUCUGGAUGGAGUCGGCCUCCCGCCGGCGCCGGCGCUCCUCGCGCCCGGCGGAGCUGCCCGAUUCGCGCGGCCCCGCCGCCGUGUCGCCGAUUCGGGAGGUGGAAGAAGCGCCCGGCUGCUCCGAUUCCGACAAGAGGAGCGAGGGCCCCUCCGAGAGGCGCGAGCUCGUCUCCGGCGGUGAAGAUCCGGCCAGCCCGAAGAGCAAAGCGAGGAGGUCGCUGAGGAAGAUGAUCUCCAAGACGCUGCAGAAGAAGCCCAAGGCGAAGGACGCCUCGGCCUCUAGCGAGGGCGGCGCGGAGGCAGUUAGAACCGAGGCCUUUGUAAUUCCAGCCCCUUCCUUGGCCGAGCAGACGCCGUCGGAAGCAAGCACAGAGUCUUCGCCGGUGUCGGUGGAGACGGAAAGGCGAGGCCUCGCCGCCGGGAAGCUCCCGGCGACGGCGCUUGCCGUGCUCUGCGUGGCCUUCUUCGGCCGGCGCCGUGCAGCAAAUUUAGGCUAGGCCUAGGCAGGCAGUGACCGGCUGAGUGAGAGAGUUCCGAUCAAUCCCCUCGAAACCGGGGGAGAUGAGUGAUCAUCCGUCCGUUUGUAAAAAAUGAGAGACAGAAGCAGAAGAAGAAAUCCAUACAUGUUGAUUUCAGUUUUCAACUGUGAACUUGUUUUCUCCCUGGAUAGAUCAGAUGUCCUGGUUCCUGAAUGCUGUUGGCACGUCAUGUCUGAAUUUCUUUCCUGUGUGCAGUGCAGCAUGUUGAACAGCUCUUCCCUGACAGCGGUCAGUUGGCAAGUAAAAAAUCCAAACCGUUAGCGUGUGACCACAGUUGGCAAGUCAGACGCGACGGUGUCGAUCAGUCGAUGGUGAUGAUUCAACAACUUCUUGGGUUGAAAAGGAGGAUCCCUUGUGAUUCUGAGUACAAGUAUGCAGAUCAUGGCUCUCAGUGGUUGGGUUUCAGACAUCUCGUCUGCAAUAUCGUGAUGGAACUACCAAACAGCUUUCCUGGAAACACCAAGCUGCAAUGUGGGCGCAAGUUUCCGUGGUGGGAACACCAACCACACCACACCACGACACACAGACAGAGAUCGAUCAGGUUCAGAUUCAGGUUCUUGGUGAGAAAAUACCGUCGUCAUGUUCUUGAUACCAACUGAUAAACAAUCAGCGUGCUGUUGUUACGUGUUCUUCAGUGUAGCAUCGAUCCUAUGGAUUCUGAUUGUUAGACGAUCAUGUCUGUCAGUGGUUGAGUUCUCUUUUUGGGCGAAUAUCAGAUAUUUCGUCUGCAAGAUGGUGAUCAACUCUGAACUGAAACCAGCUUUCCUGGAAACUGCAUGCUGCAUCUUGAAGCCGCACAAAUGUAUGCACUUUGCAUACUUUUUGUCGUCGCCAUCAACAAAUCAUCUUAUCCUCCUGUACAAUAAGGUGAUAUCACCACACUUAUCUUGGCGAUGUCAUGUCCGUACGUAAGAUGAUUGCUGAGCUAAAGAUAAGACAUGUUUCCCUGUUAA